UCAGCAGGGACAGCCCAGCAGCGGGUGCGCGGCGGCGCUUCUGCUUCAGCCACAUCCCCAGUCCUGGCUUCAGUGCCUGCUGCUCCCCGCCUGCUCUACGGCCGCCCCCUGGCCGCCGCCCCGACACCGCUGUCCUGCUGCUGCUUCGCCGCCGCCUCCUUCUCCUCAUGAAGCCCGUUGUUGUCUUCGUCCUCGGCGGGCCCGGGGCGGGCAAGGGGACGCAGUGCGCUCGCAUUGUGGAGAAGUACGGCUACACGCACCUUUCCGCCGGGGACCUCCUGCGCGACGAACGGAAAAGGCCAGGCUCACAGUAUGGAGAACUCAUCGAGAACUACAUUAAGGAGGGGGAGAUUGUGCCAGUUGAAAUAACAAUCAGCUUGCUGAAGAGGGCUAUGGAUCAAACAAUGGCUGCCAAUUCCCAGAAGAACAAGUUCUUGAUUGAUGGGUUUCCCAGGAAUGAAGAUAAUCUUCAAGGCUGGAAGAAGACUAUGGAUGGAAAGGCAGAUGUUUCUUUUGUUCUCUUUUUCGAUUGUGACAACGAGAUUUGUGUUGGCCGCUGUCUCGAGAGAGGCAAGAGCAGCGGUAGGAGUGAUGAUAAUCGUGAGAGUCUGGAAAAGAGAAUCCACACGUAUCUGCAGUCUACUAAGCCUAUAAUAGAAUUGUAUGAGCGAAUGGGAAAAGUCAGAAAAGUGGAUGCCUCUAAAUCUGUUGAUGAAGUCUUUGAAAAAGUUGUGCAAAUUUUUGACAAAGAAGGCUAAUUCCCCAGCUCGAAAGUGGUUUCAACUUGUGCUUGAAUCUUGCUUGAAUAGCUGCUGCUGCAGUCCACUCUUUGUAAUUGUUUUAAAAGAUCUUUUUAAAUUGGUUUGGUUUUUUUCCACAUAUCUAAUGAUGAUUGGGAAAGCAGUCAAUAGCAAACAGAUCUGGUUUUUAAAUAGGAGAUCAUUUCUUGUGGCUAGAGUAUAUAAACUUCAGGGUUCUUUGUUAGUACAGGUUCACUCACGUGGCAAAAACACAGUUAAAACAUCUCUCCGAAGAGACUGUUCUGUGCCUGUUGUGGGCAUCCCUUCUUUCUCUUCUUGCCAUACUUGAUUUUUCAGAUGCUUGGACCAAGUUCAGCAGAAAUCUUUUUUUCAGGGUGUAAGUUUGUCACAAAGUUCCCAGCUCUUCCCAAACCUGAAUUCUGUGAGUCAAGCUACACUUAGCAGGAGAAUCUAUUUUAGUAGUUCUCAGAGAUCUAUUUAAGCUGCUGUUCAGCAAUAGACACACAAAGUACUUUAUGGAAAGUGGUGCUUUCUUGUGACUCUGGAUGUUAAACUGUCUUGCAAGUUCUUGAGGACCCUGGAUAACGUGGCCCCCUGGGUUUUACCUUGUCUUCAUUUGCAAAAGGUUAAGAAUGUAAUUUCAAAGUCAGGUCAGUAUUUGCAUACUCAUUGAUUUUAAAUGGUAGUUAUAUUCUCAAUUGCAGCAUGGCCUUCAGAAGGUGGCAGGACUCUUAAAUGGUGCACAAUGAGGAAAAUCUUACACCAGUUCUGUCUUCUGUAAGAAGUGGAAGGGAUUUUCUGUAUUAUUAUUAUUGAGAUACUGUGUUAACUGAGUGCUUUCAGGUUUGUUACCUGGGGGAAUGCUUUUUAUGGUUAAAGUAGUGAAUUUGUUUCCCUGAGAGUGUAUGAUUUUUAAUAGCUGUCUGAUUGAAAAGAUUGUAAAUUCUUGCACUUUUGUUGUGAUGUGUUCAGUUGAGGAGAAAGAUUCCUGCAAGGGGGGGUGGGGGAAAAAAAAAAGUUCAAUUCCUUUAAACCAAUUGGGUCCUGUUUCCUAAUGUAGCCAAGUACAGUCAGCAGCAAGAGCUGGAAUGAGCAGAUAACUGUCUGAAACAAACUGGUUUAAAUGUUUGCACAGAUGUGGUGUAAUUCUGCCUUUUUGUUUAAAGUAACCUUUUUCUCUCCCCUGUACGCUGUGCUGGGUCUGUGGGGGCCCAACUGUGCAUUCUUUGCAUGCCCUAAGCUUUCACUGAGGACGGUCCCAGGAGGCUUGAAGAUGAGUGUUUUGACUAAUUUCAGUAAUAGAGUGGCUCUUCCUGCACUAGCCAACACUGUAACUGAUUUGUGAUACACACAUGGAUGUUGCAAAUUACAAGGAAUUGCAGUUUGAAGCCCUUGGGGUUCAGCUUUUCUCGACUGAUGACUUUAUUUUGGAAAAGCUUUAGAUGAAGCCCAGCUUCUAAUUAGAAUCAAACAUGUUGGUCCUCAUCCUGCAAUCUGAUCUGUGCAGGCAGAUUUGUGUUUGCCUGAAUUCUCAUCUUGCUGAGGGUCUUUCUCCAGUGUAGUAGUUGUUCAAACAACAGACUCAGCACAAAUUGCAGUUUACUACUGCAGACCAUAUGGACCAUGGCUGCUUCUGUGAGUUUGGGAGGCUAAUGCUUUCACUGUAUGAAUUUCCUUUCAAAAGAAAUAAAACACAAAUCAUGGAAUUGAAUUCUAACUGCCUAAGUAUGCUGACAUAGGAUAGGCUCCAGUAAAACUGCAUGUGUUGAUAUGAAGGUUAGAAUCGGGGCUGGGA